AUGGUUUCUGUUUUAAGCAUCUUCUGGUUCUUAACAGGAUCAACUGAUGGCCAGACAAAAAUAGUGAGAGAGGGGGAUAAUGGGGUGGCAUAUGGAUGGAACAAGAGAGAACAGAAGUGGGAUAAAAUCGGUGAAGUUGUUGAUGGACUUGAGGAAUCAAAUCGCCAACUGUUUGAUGGUAUUCAGUAUGAUUAUGUGUUUGAUGUGGAUAUUGGUGAUGGUAUGCCUAUCCGUAAGCUUCCAUACAAUCGAUCAGAUAAUCCAUAUGAUGUUGCUGAUAAAUGGCUACUCAAGGAGAAUCUUCCACUUUCUUUUCGUGAACAAGUUGUACAGUUCAUUCUUCAAAAUAUCGGACAAAACAAUGUUACUUUUGAUGCCUCAUUUCGUGAUCCCUAUACUGGCUCCCAUGCUUACGUACCAGGACAACCUUCUCAUUUGUCUGAUAUUUCUGCAAAACCCACUUUCAAGCAUAUUCCUAAGAAAGGGAUGCUUGUUUUUGAUGCUGCUCAGUUUGAUGGGAUUCUUAAAAAGAUUAUUGAGUUCAAUAAUGCAUUACAAUCUGACCAGGAAAAGCAGAACUUGUCUUUGACUGAGCUCAAUGUUUCCAGACUGGGUGCCAUUGUUAAAAUUCUGAAAGAUACUUCACAUUAUCAUUCUAGUAAAUUUGCAGACUCUGAUAUAGACUUGUUACUGAAUCUGCUUCGAUCAUGGCCUAUUGCAAUGAUAUUUCCUGGUCGGGGCAAAGUGAUGGUAUUGGAGCAGUUUGCUUUGACAACUAUUGACACGGUGAUAGCUUUUUACCCUAUAACAUUUCACAUUAUGCGAAAUUGAGCAAUGGACUAGACAUCAUGUUUGGAAAAGAAUAGCGCAAGGCGACAUCUUUUUCUAUCUAGAGAAGAUAUUGUAGUUGUUGUAAACAUCUAUCUCUGCCUUUAGACUUUGAUAUUUUACCAUUUUGGACAGAUUUUUUAUUUAUUCAUUCAAGUAUAGGAUCCUUAUAUAUUUUCUUGUACAA